CACGACCUCGCAGCGGUAAGACGCGUUGCCGUCGUCUCCGUUGGAGAGGAGAGCAAAAUUAAAGAGAAAAAAAAGAAAACAAAAACGCGCUUCUUCGCUCGUCGCAAGGCGACGAGGGUAAUGGCCACUGUGUGCUUCGUGGAGUAAGAACGGUGGCUCGUCGGCAGUUUUAUAAUCGCGUCCGCAUCUGAAUUCCGACGGCGCGGGUGCGCGAACGAACGAACGAACGAACGAACGAACGAACGAGCGAGCGAGCGGAAAUACCGGUGGAGAUUCGCCCGUCGAUCUCGCGCGAAUAGUCAAUUGUGAAUCGUUGCAUUAAAAUCGUAUCGUAUUAUAAUUGGUCGCCGCGGUCGCGGUUUCGCGUGCGCGCGCGCGCUCGCGACUCCUGUCCUCGGUCCUCGCGAGCGCUUCUGGUUUCCCGGUGAAUAUAGUAUAGUAUAUAGUGCGUGCGGAUCACAAGUGCCCAGCAGCCAAGUGUGUACGAGCUCUUAUGUGUGCGGCCCGUAGUCGAGUGUGCGUUGUCGCGCUGCCGGCGCUCGGAUCCCUCGUCGGCCUCGUCGGCCUCCACGAACGGUGGAUUUAUCAGGCGCGGCGUCGUCUCCCCUAGGCGCGUUUCGGACCUCGCCAUCCCUCCGCCCUCGCCACCCCUCGCCAGCGACAACGACGACGACGACGACGGCGGUGGUGGUCCAUCGACUCGACCUUAACUUUCUGGCUUUGGUUGUCUUGGAUAUUAAUAUCCCGCUCCGCUUUUCAUCACUUCGGUCCAAAGGCGCGGAAUAAUUCGGAACAACGGCUCGCUUCUUGCUGAAAACAAUCCUCCGUUAUUAGACGACUGCAAUAAGCGUAAUCGCCGGCUCGAAAGUAACGUAUCCGGCACUCUCACGAAAGAAUCGUAAAGGAGAAACGGAUGAUUGCAACGAGCUGCCAAUUAAAGAAAUGGAUACGGUAAUUACAAAGCCGCGUCGGCGACUAGGAAUACGGGCCAAUUCGGCGCGUUAAAUGCUCCCCCGGCGAUUCACGUUCCAGCCGGGGCUCUCGCGGAUCUGGGAUGGCCUUCUGGGAGCAAAAGCGGCAAGAGCAGCAGCAACAGCAACAGCAGCAGCAGCAACAGCGAUAUCGGAUCAAACUCAGUUAACAAGCCCGUGUCGUCGCUGUAUCGGUCGCGCAAGUAGAUAGAUUUUAAAUCGAGUCAACUGUGGGACAACGGUAACAAAGUUAACGCGGCAAAAUAAUCCAGGGGCGAUUGGUUCGCGUAUUCCGUAUAUAAUGAAAGCACAUGAGACGAGACGGUAGUGGACCCCGAGGAUGGUGGAUGCUGCGAGGAAGAAAUUGAAUUCUGUUUUUACACGCCGCCUAAUCGCUCGACACAUCGCAGUGUCAAGGGAGAUUCUGUUUAAUGUAGAACACUGAAAAAUGUAGAUACAAGUAUAGUUACAAAGAAGACACUAUUAACCCCAUCCUAUUCCAUCGAAACCUUUCGUGUGUAUCGACAGUAUCCACGAUCGAUCAGCGAAAGUACAGGCUAUAAAAUAUAACGCUACGCCGUCGAAGAGAAACGUACCGGAUGUCGCAAGGAAAAGGAAUGACACGGUGAGAGGACCUAGAGACAACCAAUCUCAGGAAUGUGACGUGUGGCAGAAUUCCGUGUGAGGAAAUCAGUAUCUUCGAACGGAAAUCGUGGAACGAAAGAAAAGGAGGAACGUACGGAAUAACAGAUCGACGUACGCGCGGGAUCGAACAAAGACUCGUCCCAACAAGUGUCCUUACGGAUUCAAAAGUUUCCUGCCCGACGUCAUCUUCGUCGCGAAGCGGCGUUGACUGUGUUAUGGAAUGAAUCGAUGCCCGGACGGGGCAUCUAAGUGUCCACGAUCAUCAUCUUCAAUACGAGCAUCAUGACCCCGAUAAUGCGGCUGCUCUUCCUAUCCGCUCUACUGGCCAUACAAUCCUGCUCGACCGUCUGCUCAGCGAGCAGCGAUGGUAAACCUAAUGGCCCGAUCUUUAAUCUAGAUCACACUGUUCUGGAAAAGAACUUAGCGGCAAUCUUCAACAAGGUGGCACAUAGUUCCGCGACCACGAAGCGCAGCGUACCAGCAUACGAUGCACAAGUGUCGGCUAGCACAACGUUGUCGACGGUACCAUCGCCGUUAACCACCAGUACGAUUACCAGUACAACCACCGCUAGCCCGUCGAUACCCGCUAUUAAGUAUCCGGCGGCGCCACGGGCCACGGCAUCGCCCGUCUUUCGGGAUCUGCCGUCGUACGCGCCGCCUUCCAGGGCACUCUUCACGCCACCCCUACCACCGGAGUACCUGCAUCCAUUCGCCGAUAAACCCACACUGCGAGGUACCAACUCGGACGUGCAUACCAACAACAGGAGACCGGUACCGCCACCGAGCUUGACGCCGGCGCACGAGCGGAUACCCAUCCGACCGCCGGAUCUACCUCAGAGUCCUUCUCAAAUACCAGAGAGGCAUCAUUCUCAUACGAGGAUCAAACCGGCAAAUGUGCCCGACAGCAGAGAGCAGAGGCCGAUGGAAUCUGGUGAGGCCGAUCGAAAGAAUGGCACGAACGAUCCUUCGUUCGUGACUCUUCAUUACCCCAGUAUUUCUAGGAUUUUAUCUGGCAGCAACGGCAGGAAACAGGAUAUUCCCGAUAUACUGUUAAAGCCUUUAGCUACGAAAAGUCCGUUGCUGCCGAAUAUUCCUCCUGUCCCAACGACCGAUAAAACUACGUCGCCGCCAAGCACCAUGACGUCGAAAGCGCCCGGCAGUACCGUGGAUCCUUCGAAGAUCGCUGUCACGCAGCCGACGAUCUUCAACCUACCAAAUACUGGCCGACAGGACGACGACGCGUAUCCGCAAGCGCAACCGCCGGCGCCAACGCCAAAGCGACCAGCAAGCGUCGACGAUGACGACGAUGACGACCAUUUGAUACCACACGUCGACACGCAUCCACUUGAAUCUACGUGGCGGAUCGCCUGGUCGCUACACGUGUACGUCGCGGCGAUUAUGUUUACGCUCAUGGCCUUGUAUUCGAUCUACAAGAUCGUGCGUUUCAACGAGGCAACGAAUCUACUCACGCAAUCGUACUUCUUAGCCGUUCAUCUACUGUUGACCACAAUCUGCACUCUGAGGUGCUUUCACCUCUUUUACGACGCUUACAAUCUCGGACAUUCGCUGCCGGAGUCAUUGUCUAGAGUGCUAAUGUACCUGCCGGCACCACUCUUGUCUACGGCAUUUGCCACUUUAAUGUUGUACCUUGCUCGGUGCUCGGAAGCACCAUCGCUUAACAACAACAUCCUCUCGCCUAUUACGCUUGUAUUUUCAUCCACGGUGCACAUUAUACUGUGCGUAUCCCUGCACGUGUCCGCGCACAUGCUCGGCUAUCAGGACGAGGCGAGAAUUCUGCCGCUCAUCUGUCAGUGCAUUUACAUCAUCGUCUGCAUCACUCUAGGUCUAUGCUACAUGUACGUGUACCGCGUGGUGCGUUCGCAGAUUCAUAUAGCCAGCAAUAAAGCAGCCGGCGCAAAUCAUAUGAUGGGCGCCGAUCCUACUACGGUGGCUCUCAGCACUGCCAUCACCACCACUAUUGCCACCGCUCUGUUGUUCAUCCUCAUGGGUCUCGUGCAGCUCUACGGCGUAUUCGGUGUUCAGGAACGUCCGCAACAAUUUCCGUGGCUCUGGUGGGGCUGGCAGUUCUCCGUCAGAUUACUAGAGCUAUCCGUUUGUGGUCUCCUAGCCUGGGUUGCCAGCCUAUCUCAAUAUCCGUUGCGCGAGAAACAGAUGCAGCAACACUCGGCACACUCGGGCUUCGCUUUGUUCCCCUGCGGCAGUUCCACCUCUACGGAAAACAUGGAUGACGUACUCUACCCCGCCAUAUGUAGUACCAACCAAGCGAUUCAAAAUUAUACCAUGAGAACAGGAAAACAAGUCUAUGACGAUAGUUUUCCACUAAAUACUUUGCCCGAGCAUUUGAACAUAUCAGGUACCUUUGAGAGACAUUCCAUCCGCAAGUCAGGUACAAUGGGCCACUUUCCUCACGAAGGUCGGGGUUCCUUAAGUCGCCAUGGAAACGGUAUACAAACUCUAAGGAACUCAGAGACUCGCGGGAGGCAUACGCCUGUACAAGGCCUACACGAACAAGCUCCAACCAGCGGCUCGACGAUGCUAGUCGCCGAGGACGGCUUCGUUAGGUUCCGGAGUCUUGGUGCGGAGGAAGAUGAGCUGUCCGAUACGCAAAGCAUGGUCGGCACUCACGGCAGGGGAAGUUCGCUCGCUGGUAGUGUUAGAUAUAACGCGAGGCAUCCCACAGUACAGCAUCAGCACCCCCAUCAGCACCAACACACGCUGCAACACUCGCAUCCGAGUCAACAUCAAACCCACCACCAACUUUACAACAACACAUAAAGGCUGUGCCAACGCGAUGACUAGAACGUGAUUCUUGUUGACUCGACGUAACGAUUGUCGUCGAUGAAACAGGAUAUAUCGACACUCGCGAGAAUCGUCGCCCUCGCAAACUUCGGUCUAAACUAAUUUUAUCUCGUACUCUAUGUAAGAUAUGUCCUGUGUAUAGACAACCUAAUUGCCAUUCCUGCUCUCCCGCUUUGCAUCGACGUCCGAGCCAAGCCUCUGCCGUACGAUAUCUAUACAUAUUUAUUUUGAUCCUCGAUAAGCAAGUAAAAGUAUACGGCGAACUCGUUUGGGGUUCCUCUACCUAUAUGUGGGUAGUUCAGGGUAUAUUGAAACUUGAUCUUAUAUUAGGCACUUGGUACUUAUUAAGAUUCAUGUGAUUGAAAAAAAAUAAAGAAAUAAUGUGUCUCACUGAAGUAUAUAGGAAAAUGCUUCUCUCUCGGUUUUAUGUUCACUGUUAGUACCGAACACGGCUGUGGAACGUAUUGGAGGAACAAAUGAUUUUAAAUUAGUUCUAAUGCCACAUAAGGAAUUCCGAUGUAUUUUAGCAAACAUACUGCUAUUUAUUCGAUGCCACCUUAUAGAAGACUUCGGCGUUAUAUUGUCCCAGCAGUUUUUAUAACAUUCAUUAUUUUACAUAGUCGUACAUACGUUAAAAAGCAUUUCAAUGACCACCUUUCAAUUGGUACUUGUUCUUCUUUGAAUUUACUAUUGUGACGGAAAUUCGACAUAAAGUCAGCUUUGCGAUCAGCAGGAAGUAUAUUUUUUACAAAAAAAAUUGUACGCGAGGUCCAAACACUCAACUGGGGAAAACAAUUACGAUUCUCAUUCAGGUAUUCCGAGAUUAGGAUAUGAUUGUGUCAAGCUGAAAGCGAUGUUUGUACAGUCGAUGAUAAUUUAUCACUCAGUCCAAUUGUACGAUUUAGUUAGCGGCUAAGAUUAGAUUAAGAAAAUUGCGGGUUACGUUAAGUUUAGCCAUUAAGUUAGGCAAGACGCGACUAAUGUCAACAGGUUUACAUUUAAUAAAUCGAAGGAGAAUAAGGAAGACGUCAAAAAAAAUACUAUUACCGAUUUAGAAUAGAUGACAUAAGUGCGAUUUAAUGUCACACACACACAGGCCAGCAUUUUAUUUUAUUUCUCAGAUUCUAAGGUACAAAAUAGUACUUUUUACCUUUCACUUCGUAUAUCGAUAGGUCGCAAUGUAUAUGUUUAUAUAUGGACAUUGUAAAUAAGGUAUACUGGCUCGUCGUGAGUGAAUCUACUGUUAUGAUUGGAUCCAAUUGGGGUUGGGUUCGAGAUAUUGGAAUUUAUACAUUUCUUGGUUGUAUAAAAAAAGAUGCAAGACUUGUAUUUUAAUUUAUGUCAGAAGCUGUAUUUAUUAUGUGAAACAUUCCACAACAAGUGAUCAGUGUGUGCGCGAUCGAUUUGUGUGGGAUUUUAUUGCAAUUAUAAAUUUACCUAGGCGCUAAAUGAAACGGAACAAAUGUAAAUAAAAGCUUUUUUGCGAAGUCUUACGUUUGUCUUACUUUCGAAUGCGAUUUUAGUCAUUCUAGAUGCAGCAAAUGUACGUAAAACAUACUUCUGAUUUUUACAUUUUUAUAAAAAAAUGAAUUUUAGUUUGAAUAUACCUUCACAGGUUAUUGUGUUCACAUUAUUAAUUUAUA